UGCGGGCAGGGGAGGCGGCCCUGCAGCUGCUGCAGCUGGAGCUGAAGGUGCCGGCUGCACAGUAGACGCCCCCUCACGGCUUCCCCCGCACACUCCCUCCUUCACAGGCUCGGCCGUCCUACUCCGCAGACGCUUACCUCUCAGACUCUCAGCCCCUUUUUCUCGGAGCCCCGCGCUCUCAAGAUCCCCCUCGACGUCGGUCUCCGCAUCGACUUCCCACCUCCUCCCUCAGAGGCCAUCCGAGCGGCUCCCGUCCCCGCCCCCCUCAGCCCAGCGAUCUUGCCCCCGCGUCUCCUAGUUCCCUCCCGCCCACCUCGCCGUCCCUUCCCUCACCGAUGCCCCAGUCCUGAGGGGAUCCCCGGCGCGAGCGGCGUGGGGGAGGCGCGGCCGGCGGCGGCAGGAGGGAGUACGUGAAGCGGCCGCUCGCGCGCACUCGGGCGCUCACUCCCGGCUGGGCCGCCGCCACCCCGGUGGCGGAGGAGGAGGAGGAGCUGAGCGGAGCUGAGCGAGCGCGGAAGGAGUCAUCAGUACAGAGAUGCCUCAUCUCUCUUACCUUGUGGCUUCACCUACUUCCUGUGUCACCUUGAGCAAGUUUCUUCCAACCUUAAAAGUUCCAGAAGUUUGCCUUCAUGCGACAUAAACUGGCAGUAGCUGCUGGUGGUGCUGACAAUGUCAAAUAACGGCUUAGACAUUCAAGACAAACCCCCAGCCCCUCCGAUGAGAAACACCAGCACUAUGAUUGGAGCUGGCAGCAAAGAUGCUGGAACCCUCAACCACGGUUCCAAACCUCUGCCUCCAAACCCAGAAGAGAAGAAAAAGAAGGACCGAUUUUACCGAUCCAUCUUACCUGGAGAUAAAACAAAUAAAAAGAAGGAGAAGGAGCGGCCAGAGAUUUCUCUUCCUUCAGAUUUUGAGCACACAAUUCAUGUCGGUUUUGAUGCAGUCACAGGGGAGUUUACGGGUAUGCCAGAACAGUGGGCCCGCUUGCUUCAGACAUCAAAUAUCACUAAGUCCGAGCAGAAGAAAAACCCACAGGCUGUUUUGGAUGUGUUGGAAUUUUACAACUCAAAGAAGACCUCCAACAGCCAGAAGUACAUGAGCUUCACAGAUAAGUCAACUGAGGAUUAUAAUUCUUCUAAUACUUUGAAUGUGAAGACUGUGUCUGAGACUCCUGCAGUGCCACCAGUUUCAGAAGAUGAAGAUGAUGAUGAUGAUGCUACCCCACCUCCAGUGAUUGCUCCACGCCCAGAGCACACAAAAUCUGUAUACACGCGAUCGGUGAUUGAACCACUUCCUAUCACUCCAACUCGGGAUGUGGCUACAUCUCCCAUUUCACCUACUGAGAAUAACACCACUCCACCAGAUGCUUUGACCCGGAAUACCGAGAAGCAGAAGAAGAAGCCUAAAAUGUCUGAUGAAGAGAUCUUGGAGAAAUUACGGAGCAUAGUGAGUGUGGGCGAUCCUAAGAAGAAGUAUACACGGUUUGAGAAGAUUGGACAAGGUGCUUCCGGCACCGUGUACACAGCAAUGGAUGUGGCCACAGGACAGGAGGUGGCCAUUAAGCAGAUGAAUCUUCAGCAGCAGCCGAAGAAAGAGUUGAUUAUUAAUGAGAUCCUGGUCAUGAGGGAAAACAAGAACCCAAAUAUUGUGAACUACUUGGACAGUUACCUUGUGGGAGAUGAGCUGUGGGUUGUUAUGGAAUACUUGGCUGGAGGCUCCUUGACAGACGUGGUGACAGAAACCUGCAUGGAUGAAGGCCAGAUUGCAGCUGUGUGCCGUGAGUGUCUGCAGGCUCUGGAGUUUCUCCAUUCGAACCAGGUCAUUCACAGAGACAUCAAGAGUGACAAUAUUCUGUUGGGAAUGGAUGGCUCUGUCAAGCUAACUGAUUUUGGAUUCUGUGCACAGAUAACCCCAGAGCAGAGCAAACGGAGCACCAUGGUAGGAACGCCAUACUGGAUGGCACCAGAGGUUGUGACGCGAAAGGCCUAUGGGCCCAAGGUUGACAUCUGGUCCCUGGGCAUCAUGGCCAUCGAAAUGAUUGAAGGGGAACCUCCAUACCUCAAUGAAAACCCUCUGAGAGCCUUGUACCUCAUUGCCACUAAUGGGACCCCAGAGCUUCAGAAUCCAGAGAAGCUGUCAGCUAUCUUCCGGGACUUCCUGAACCGCUGUCUUGAGAUGGAUGUGGAGAAGAGAGGUUCAGCUAAAGAGCUGCUGCAGCAUCAGUUCCUAAAGAUCGCCAAGCCCCUCUCCAGCCUCACACCACUGAUUGCUGCAGCAAAGGAGGCAACCAAGAACAAUCACUAAAACCAUUCUCAUACCAGCCUCAUUGUGCCAAGCCUUCCAUGAAAUAAAUGCUCAUUUCAGAAAUUCCAACCCCUGAUGCCCUUUUCUCCUUUCCUUGCUUCUCCCAUUUCCUGAUCAAGCACUCUGAAGACUAUGAUCCUGGGAAACCGUAUGUCCAGCAUUAAAAGAGAACUGCAACUGGAUGACUAAUCAGAUGAUGGCCGUUUCUGAAUAAGGAAUUUCCUUCCAACUUGUGGAUAAAAGGGUGGUUUAUGAUCAAGGGUUUAUAUGAAUGAACACUUGGACUUCUAUUUCUACAUAGCAAAAUCACCACCACCCCGAAUACCCACCCCCCACAAUCAGUCUUGACUAUACAAAUUUACGGUUUGAUAACAUUAUCAAUUUGUAAUCAGUUGAGAUUUCUUUAAUGCCUGUUUUUCUGAAGCUGAACUGCCCAAACACCUCAUUGUACUUGAAAACUGGAACAGCUUGGGAAUGCCAUGGGGUUUGAUAAUCUGCCAGGGACAUGAAGAGACUCAGCUUCCUGGACUGUGACUUUGAUGCAGCUGAUCUUGACAUGGGAGAACUACCACGUUUUUCUUUGUGUGUGCUUCUAGCAGGUGUUUGGGAGGACCUUGACCCAAUAGUGUUCCCCAUGCUAUUUCUUGUGAAAUGGUCUUGGCUAUGUAACAGCUUUUGAUUCCCUGCAUCCCCUAGGCUGCUGCCCCCAUUCUGUCCUUGUUUAUAACAUUGAGAGGUUUCCUAGGGCACGUGCUGAGUGAAAGCAGCAUGAGAAGUCAGGACAAAAAAUGAAGCUACUUUUAGAGCAAGGCUGGGCAUCAGCACCUGUCCAGCUAUGCUUGUGUGAUGUUGCAAGAACUCUUUUUCCAUCUGGGAUAAGGAGCUGAAAGAUUAACUCAGAUCUUCUGAUGGCCUCAAUUUUAGGGUCAAAGGAAAGGGUCUGCAAAUUAGAGACUACAUGUUAGUUUGGGAUGGAUUUGGUGGCUUGACAUGAUACCCUGCCAGCUGUGAGGAGACCCUGUUUUUAAGAUGCAUGGCCAAGCUCUCUGCCAAUGGAAAUGCUUACACUGGGUGUUGGGUAUGUUUGCUACCUCCUGCUAUCUUUGUGGUUUUGGUCCUCUCACUGUGGUAGGACCCCUGGCCAGCAUUGUGGCUUGUCAUGUCAGCCCCAUUGACUACCUUGUCAUGCUCUGAGGUAUCACUGCCUCUGUAGCACAAAUUUCUAUUUCCUUCAAUAAAAGGAGAUGAAAAUAUUCUA